UACCACGAACGAUCUGCGCUCAAAAACCGAAAACUGAGAAAUCGAUCUAUGAGACAAAAAUCCACGACUAUGAGAAUUCUAUUUGUACUGGGUCUCAUUGCGACUCAAUACCAUGUGCAUUGCCAGCUGACAAUAGUUGUUGACUUAAUCAGCUUUGCCUGGUCUGCAUUAGAAAAAGUGAACGCCGCUCAUGAUGCGUACAGCAAAUUAACAACUCCUUCAACCGCUGAUAUAAUGGAAAAAACAAAUGAAAUAGCUGCUUCAAUUGACAAGCUGGGGACUAGACUGGAGGAAAAAAUACAGCAAUCAAUGGACACACUGUUAACUCUCUUACCACUCUUGGGUGACAUCAGUGCUGAUGUGCGAUUACUGAACAGUUAUAUCACAAGAGUUGAUGAACUAUAUGCAGAUAUGCAUGAUUAUUUGAAGAAUCCGAAAAGCUUCAGUGAUUACGCAUUGGAUGCUCUAGUGAAGACAUGCACCUCUCGCGAUGAAGGUGAUGUACAGGACCGAAUUGCUCUGAUUUACGGCCUGCUUAUUCCAACAGGAUUGGGAACAUUCAAGGAAAGUUUGUUCGUUCUUCUAGCUAAGGAGACACAGGAAAAUGCGCUGAAAGUAUGUGGCACAGGGGCACCACCUCAACAACGUCUUGUCGAACUAUUUGAGAUUGUUAUGGAAACGGAAAUGAGAGGCUUCGCGCUGCAAGGCUUUGGUGGCUUGAUGAAAGGUUAUUUGGAUGGCCAGAAUUAUACCGGUGAUAUAGGGAGAGCUCAAAAUAAAUUAAUCCAAAGAGCCCAGAAAUACGUGAAAUUGCUCCAGAACACUAUGUCUAUAUCGGCAAGACAAUUUCGGCGAUGUGAUCCACCUGGAGGUCAUGAGCGAGACGUCACUUACCAUGAAUUUGAAAAAUACCUUCAAGUUUUCCUAGUUCAGGAAAAUGCACUUCGUAUAGAUCAUCGAUGCCCGAAUAGUUGUUCAGCAUAUAAGAAUCCAACGCGUCUGUUUUACGGAUGUAGGGGAUAUGAAUGCACUUAUUCGCCCACUACGUGCUAUGGUAGACUUGUGCAGUGCAGUUCACUAGGCGAAUCCGGACGUGCUUGUGAAUAUGACGGUUCACUACCAAAAAGAUAUAAAUGGUACAAAAGCCAUAGUGGCAACGUGUAUGGUGAUGAUUCGGAUGGCUGUCCAGCACCGGCCUCGAAGACAUAUGCCUUCAAAGUUACGGUGGAAGAGAUUCGUUGUGACCUAUGCAGAUGCAUUUGCGUAGAAGAUGAACCACAAUCGAAGUCGAGACAUUUUAUAAGUCUGCGUGACCAAGUAACAAACGUGGAUGACAAUAUGGUCAUCACUGGAAUGGCAUUUGUGAUGGUAAACGACAUUGCGCACAUCAAAAUUAUGCAGGGACAGAUAACAUCGGGAGCCCAAAUUGUUGAAAAUACUACAGCUUGGCUGGAGCCAGAAGACAUUCAAUACAUACCACCAAUGGAUUCAUCACAAAUUAAGUUUAACUUUGUCAAAAAGUCUGAAGACGGCGAAGACGAAGAGCUGAUGGAAAAUGAGGAUAUUGCGGUUUUAUCGUACGAAGAACAAAAAAUCUAUCUGGAUACGUUAAUUGUACCACCGGAACAUGUUAUUACCGGUGUAAGAUUUCAGCGAUAUACAUGGGAGACGCGCCCCAUCUACUUGACUAUACGCGCAACACGUUACGAUAGUGAGACAGGCCAGCUAGUGCCUGACUCCACCAUUUGGAUUAAACCCACAGACAUGCCGUACGCAAAGGCGCCGAUUAGGCAUUACUACCGUUUUGAGGGAUGGAAAAAUCCGAUAUACUCGACCAAUACUGCAAUAGAUUCGAAACCAUAUAACUGGAUGGAAAUGGAUUGGACGAAUUAUGAUGACGACGCGGGGCAAACAACGGUGCCUAUACUGGAUGCUCUUCCGGUGUUUUCCGAGCCUAUUACUCCUUUAUCAGGGGUUGGUAUAUACCAAAAAAGAGAAGUUGGUUAUGCCGGAAUUCUAACCCUCGUGCUGGAAGGGAUCGACAAAAGUCCCUACAUGAGAGUUAAUAUUUGAGACAUUCUUCUUCUUCUGAUCGUUUUGGUUAUAUCCUCUUACUAAUAUUUGAGACAUUCUUGGAUCCAUACGUAUGUAGUUAUUUCCAUGAUGAUGAAUUUCAGUUGUGAAUAUGAACAAUUUUAUUCAUUGCCAUGUAUAUCAUUGAUAUUUUGGACAAAUAAAAAGUAACUGUCUACGAAA